AUGGUGUCCGGAGCAGCCUCUUCGGAUAUUGACGACCGCACCACUUCGGCCUUGUCCACUUCUUCCCAGACUCACGUCGACCUUAACGAUGCACACCCACAUUCGCCGCGUUCAAAGAUGAAGGCCUGGUCCACAAGCUACGCGGAACCAGCCGGACCCGCAGCUGAAAACGAAGUGCAUCCCCAGAAAACAGUGCCUGCAUCCGCGACCAGCAUGGGCGCACCCGCUCUCGACACAAGCCGAGUUGGCCAACCAACAACAGGCCGCCGUCACAAGCGAGCAGAUCGCCCCCCGCCUCCCAGAUGCAUGGAGAGCUGCAUCGAAAGCAUCGAGUCCUGCACUCAAAACAUUGUGCGCUUCAACGAGCGUAUGGAAAUCAGCAGAGUGCAGGCGGAACAGCAACGGCGCGACCACGGGGAUCCCCCCGCUGCAAGAAAAGCCAUCAUCCCACUGGUCUUUGUCAUCCUCUCUUGGGUCUUCUUGGCUUAUGUGUGGCGCUUAUGCAGUCGACUCAUACAGCAGAACCCACAGGGUGCCGUCCUUGGAAGUAGGAAGGAAGGCAUUGGCUUGCUGGUUGGGUUCGUCAUUCUUUGGCUUGUAACGAUCUGGUCGUACGUGGUGGUCAUCUCCAGGGGGCCCGGUCUGGUCAAGGAUUACGUUCCAGAAUCCGAUCCGCCUGCGGCCAACGUACCAGCAGAGCACCGCAACGACGCGUUGACCUGUGCUCAGCCAUAUCAGCAGAGCACCACUGGACCCGUACCCAUUCCUGGACAGAGCCGUCCCAGCACAGACCUCCAUGCAACGCGCGCCUCUGGAUCCAACAAUGGCCACGCGACCACACCUGCCCCAUCAACAUCACUGCCCUAUCCGUCGUUCAACGCAGACUUGGAAAGCUUUGGAGGCUACCGCGCUUCCUCGGACAGCAUGCGCGUGCUGCCGGGAUCGAUGGAGCCAAAGCACGAGGCUCGCGCUGCGGAACUGUCAUCGCAUUCGCCCGACCUUUCCAGAAGUGCCAUUGAGGAGGAGAACAGUGACGCGGCGGCAGAAGUCUCCGCGGCAGUAGAGGAAGAGCAACUGGGUGCAGAGACUUCACCACCCACGGACGAUGUCGAUGCAUCAGACAUCGCAGCCGAUCCGCAACUUCCCGGUUUGAUUGGUCCCCUCGCCGCUGCUGCUCUGGCGGAAGGCCAGGGUAUGCGAGAGGGCGCCCGAGCCCUUGAACGCCUCGACGAUGCCGAGCACACAGCUCCUGCCCCACCCGGUCCCGACGCCACCCAGACCGAUGCUGCAACCACGUCCGGCUGGGCAGCUCCGCAACGCACGCCGCAGAACGACCCGCCGCCGCUCUCGGCCGCCGCACUCUACUGUCAUCGCUGUCGGCGCGUCAAGCCUCCACGCGCGCACCACUGCCGACGCUGCGGCACCUGCGUGCUCAAGAUGGACCACCACUGUCCUUGGGUCGGCGGGUGUGUGGGGGCGCACAACCAGCGCUUCUUCUUUAUCUUUGUGUUCUGGGUCACGCUGUUGGAGCUGUACACGCUCGUCACUACGGCAGUGUUUUUCCGUCGAGGCGUGCGCUCGCUCGGUGCACCCGUGCGCUCGGCGUGGAGGGUGGACGGGUUCUUGAUCUCGCUGUUUCCAAUCAGCGGGAUCUUUUUGAUCUUCACCGGCGCGCUGCUGUGCACGCAUGUGUUUUUGAUGGCGCACAAUCUGACGACGAUCGAGCAUGUCGGGGUGAACCGGGUGCAGGGGCGCGAGCGCGUGCUGCUGGAUCGGUGGUUUGGCAUGCAGCGCAAAGGUGGCUUGGGUGGAGUCAAGCAGAAGAGGCUGAUGAGGAAGGAGUGGGAUCGUAAGUGGGGUCGGUGGACGAGCGAGGCGAACCGCUGGUGGUUGGGUGGCUCGGAUGAGGUACAUUUCGACGACACUGAUGACAGAGGAAAGCAGCCGGAGCAGCCGGAUGUGGCGUCGAUCAGUGGCGCACAGGAGAAGCAGCAGGAUGCGCGAUCGAAGAGCAGUGCAGGCGGAAGGAGGAGAGGAGCGUUCAGGACCAAUAUCGAGCAAGCGCUGGGACCGUCGAUGUGGAUGUGGAUACUGCCGCUUGGUAAGCAUCCGAACGAGGGGCUUGAAUUCCCCAUGAAUCCUAGGUUCGGCAGAGAAGGUGUUUGGAGGGAGAGGCAAGAUUGGCCGCCUGCGUUGCGCUGA